AUGAAAGAUCAAACAAUACUUCCAUCAAUUAAUGUUGAACUAGAUAAUUCUUCAAUGAAAUUAGUUGAAUUCAGUCUAAAAGCAUCUAUACAUAUGCCAUAUGAAAUAAUAGAAUUAUUUUCACCAACACAUCGACUUCGUCGAAAAUUAACUGAUUGUCUUGCUAUGAUUGAACUUUUUGAUAAUGUUUUACUUGAAAAAGAUUUUAUUCUUUCUAUAACAUUAAAAAAAUGUUAA